UCCGCCCCCCCUGGUUGGGAACCACUGACCCGGGCCCCUCUGUGAGUCCUGACCGGCCCUGUGUGAGGGUUUAUCCGUCACAACACUCAGCUCAGCUCUCAGUGCUGAGCCGCGCUGGAGGCGCACGGGGAGCAGAGCGGUAAACCGACACCUGUCCUCCACAUUUACCUCCUCCUCUUCCUCCUCUUCCUCCUCCCUCCGGUCUGAGCCUGCAGGAGAUCAACAUUUCUCCAUUUCUCCGGUUAUGAAGAACAAACACAGCCAACAGGUGAAGACAGCGGCUCCGGAGCGACUCGACAUGCCGAGCUUCGAGGUGACUCUCCAACAACUCAACGAGCUGCUGACGGACGACAGCGGCUUCUACAGCUGGCCCACCAAACACUUCCAUGAGGUCUACCCACGGAUCUACGUCGGAAACGCGUUUGUGGCGAUGAAUGUGAUGCGUCUCAAGCGUCAGGGCAUCACCCACAUCCUCAACGCCGCUGAAGGGAACUCCUUCAUGCACGUCAACACCAAUGCCGAGUUCUACGCCGACUCAGGCAUCAUCUACCACGGCAUACCAGCCAGCGACACCGACCACUUCGACAUCAGCGUUUACUUUGAAGAGGCGGCAGACUUCAUCGGGAAGGCGCUGGCAUACAAAAAUGGGAAAGGUAAAGUGUACGUUCACUGCAGGGAAGGCUACAGCCGCUCGCCCACCUUGGUCAUAGCCUACCUGAUGCUUCGCCAAAAUAUGGACGUCCACACGGCUCUGGCCAUGGUGCGGCAGAAAAGAGAGAUCGGACCCAACGACGGCUUCCUGCGGCAGCUCUGUCGGCUGAACCAGAGGCUCGCUGCUGAGGGGAAGUUCUGGAACAAAUGAGGCGGACAGACUGUCGACGUGAGAGAACAACAGUACGCCUAAUUGCACAUCACUUUCUUUCACUUGUUCUACAGCUUUAAUGAGCCGCAGAUCUGUGAGGGGGUGAUCUGGAAGUGAGGACAGUGGACAGUCAAAGAAAGUCUGUCUCAAACAAAGGCUGACAGCACUGAGUGUAUUGUAUCGUACAAGAUUACACAUCUUACACAACCUUUGAACACACACAUACAUACAGUAUUUUAAUUGUGCUCAAACACUGGUGAUACAUGUGCUGCUCAUACAAUGUAAUGUGUAUGUGCAGGUGCACUGCAUUCACUGUCGUCUGAAUAUUACAUUUAUCUUCAGGUCAGAGUGACAGUUAAUAAUCAGUCAGCAUUGUAGUCAUGUCCUGUACUGUCUGGUGUCGUCCUGCUGCUCACUUCUCCUGAGAACUAUAUAAACAUGUAGAGGAAUUUAAAUGUGGGAGCUGGUGAAAAACUAGAUGGUGUAACUGAUGUGAUCCCGUCACCGCCUUCUGUCAUCGUCUCCAUCUCUCGUCCUCUGUCUUGGCUUUGUGCCCUCUGUCUUGUCUCACUCCUGCACACACUGCCAAAUCUCUGUCCCAGCCGCUACCAGAGGGGAUGUCUAGUGGACACUGUGAUUUCUCAUAUUGAAUCAGAUAUCAGGGUAUAAUAUUUAAAUAAAUGUGUUUAAUACGCUUCAGAGAACUGCACAAUCUGCGUCUAAAAGCCUCAGAGGUACAUCUCAGUGCAAAAUUUGUCUGGUGUCUUGUUGGUGCUUUGUAGGAAUUCUUGACACAAUCUCAUGCUGCAGAAUAAUUAAAUUUUUAUAGUAAAAUAAAGUUGAUCUGAUGUUAUCGGACCAGCAAUAGAACAAAGGAAUGGUUUGGCAUUUUGGUAUAGACCAGGGGUCGGCAACAUUUACGAUUACAAGAGCCAUUUUUGGCCAAAGAAAGGGAAAAAAUCUGUAUGGAGCCGUAAAGCAUAUUUGAUAAUGGAGGGAUCCAAAUUAGCCGAUUGCCUCACAGCAAGAGGGUUCGAACUCUAGGGUGGAAGAGCCCCUCUGUGUGGAGUUUGCAUGUUCUCCCCAUGUCAGCUCCAGCUUCCUCCCACAGUCCAAAGACAUGCAGGUUAAUUGGUGACUCUAAAUUGUCCGUAGGUGUGAAUGUGAGUGUGAAUGGUUGUCUGUCUCUUCAGCCCUUUUUAAACAGGAGUUGUGCAAAUUUGCAGGAAAGCCCAAUCAGUGUUUUUUCAGCAUUGGCAGUAUAAAAACAAAAUCAGGGAGUGCAGCAAAAUGCCGCCUACCUACUUUUGUUUAUACAGAAUGUGCCUUUUUCGGGGCAAUGGGGGGCGUGAGCAAGUAACAAAACGUGUAGCUCAGCGUGUGACGUAAACAGUGACGUGGGAGGGAAGCCGCGGCUGGUCAGUCCUUCGGUGAUUCUCUCAUAAGUCGGCCCGUCCUUCACCGUCCCCGUCAUCUGACGGUUAAUGGCCUCUUUGUUUGCGAGGACAAGGAGGGCGCACAAUUCCUUGUCUCCCCAGUUGCUCAUCUUUACAGUGUCUGUCAGGUUUGUGUUUCCCUCUUGCUACUAGCUGCUCGCUAAUUCCUGCUAUCAGCUGUUUCCUGUUUAUCCACCGCCAGUGGCUCGCACGUGCGGCGUCAUCAACAGCCCCUCCCACAAGUCAUCAACAGCUCCUCCCACAAGUCAUCAACAGCUCCUCCCACAAGUCAUCAACAGCUCCUCCCAUUGCAGAAGGCCACCUCGGUCUGUUUAAACUAAAAAGGUUCCACCAAUAUGUCUACCCUACGAGGUGGAAAAUUGGGCAUCUCACCCAGUGUCAGCUGGGAUAGGCUCUACCCCCCUGUGACCCCCAACAGGAUAAGUGGUUACGGAAAAUGAAUGACGAGUCACCGCCAUUGAGGUUUCGCAAAAUUAAAAGGAAAAGGCGCCAGGUUGUAGACGUGUGACGCACAUUUUAGUUGAGGAAAUGAUAAAAAAAUUUUUUUAGUUGGUGUUUGUGUUUGUGUGAAAUCACUUUAGGCCGAGAACAAUGAUGAUUUUUCUGACAAAGCCACAGGGAGCCACCGUAGAGAGGAUAAAGAGCCACAUGUGGCUCCGGGGCCGCAGUUUGCCGACCCAUGGUAUAGACCAUAUCAUCAUGAUGUCACAUUAACAACAGCACCUUACUUUCAGGUAGAAAACUGGCAAUUGAUUUAAAUUGCAGAGAUAAAUGAAAUCUGCAAACUUGUUUAUUUCUGUAUUUCAGCUGUAGUGUUUACAGAUAAAUAGUUAAACACCAGUGGUCCGACCUGAUUUUGCUCAAUUUUGUUUAUGUACUGUGUUGCUUUGCCAGCAUCUUUGAUAAACCAUAUCUGACAUCAGCAGCACAGAAGUGAAGCAAUGUACUACUGUGGACGGGUGCCACAGCAAAAUGUAUUUUAGCCACCUAAAUCCUAUGAUAGUCAGUAUUAGUUUAAGUUAACGCUGUAUGUACCUUACACACCAACUGAUUGUCGCAGAGGUUGACCAGCAACUCCCGUGUUCUGCAAAGCAAAAUUACUGUUAAUGUCAAUUUUGAUGCAGGGCUUUUCUAUCAGGACGUUAUUGUAAACAAAUGUUGUGAUUCGGUCUGUUCACUUUCUUGCCGACAGUUAAGAAGAUUAUCACUGUUACGUCUGUGUGGUAAAUAUGGCGCUAACAACAACAGUUAGUUGGAGCCGCGUUUGCCUCGUUUUCAAACUGUAUGCUUUGACUAAAAUGAACAAUGACAGCAAUAUAGUCCACGAUGAGCAGCGCUAAAAUCAACCUGCGUAGUUGUCCCUCCAUUGUGACAUUAGAAAGUGUCACAUUUAUCUUGCAAGUGUACUCUUCUUCAACGUUUGCUUUACUUCCUGGAUUUUUCCCACAUGGAAAUUCUGACCAAUCAAGAGCAGCUUUCUCACACAAGGCAUUUGAUCUGGUCCUCUUGUAAAUGCUGCCGUGAGAACACCAACCAACUCUAGGCAACUAUACAACUUUGGGACAACAUGAGUCUCUGAUUCAGACCAGAGGAGACCACUCUAGGGCUGACAGCAGCCUGAAUGUCACUAUUGGAGCCAGUGCAAUGAGCAAAGUAGCUACAUGGGAGUGAGUUAUCACAAAACCCGCCAAAUUCUUGUGCAAAAUCCAAAUCCUCAUAAAAAAUAAUGUGUUGGAGGACUGUUGGAAAUUUUAUGCUAAUUCCUGCUUUUAGUUUCCAGCUGUGAUAAAUAGUAUAAUUUUGGUGAUUUUUAAAGAAAGCAUGACGUUCAAACCCACCAGGGGGAUCUGAUGUUGAGCCAGUGCUUAAAAAAUUACUUGAUAACUUACCUCUGUUUUGCACCGCCCCCUCAUGAGUAACGAACAGUCCCUGGAAGCUAACUGUCUGCUGGCACUAGAUUCAUAUUUAUCUAUCAACCUUCUCGUGGACAGUAACUCUCGGCAAGAACGCGAAUCAUGUCUCAAAACGUCAAACUAUUCCUUGAUUGUCAUCUUUGGAAAAUGAUGUGUCACAUUUUCAGAUCAAACUCUUGAAAACCAGUGACGCCACUAAAACCUCUGAUUGUAAUGUGAACACUGCCAGAAUGUGUGAAACAUUAACAGGAACUUAAACGUCAUUGGAAAACGUCUCAGUCAACACCUUUUGCACAUUAGCGUGUUUACGUGUGUGUUUUAUAUUGUACAGCAGCAUGCUUUGUAAUAUACCUGUGAGCUGAAAUGGUGUUUAUAUUCCCUUGUUAACACAGAUAUGUUAAUAUAUAUUUAUUGUGUGUAACUGUGUGUGUGCAUUAUGUGUCACAAUGUGCAUUAUUAUAACUUGUGAAUCAUCGUGUGCAUUACUGAGUAGGAUGUGAUGUCAUCGGUCAUGUCAGUAGGCUGUCAUCGAGUCUCACAGUUUAACUGCUGUUAUGAAGUGCACUUUAUCUAAUGACACUGGUGAUUGUUGUCGCUCUCUUUUCAUACGUUGAGUAAUAAACUGAAAAUGACAAGA